AUGGCAUACGGAAGAUCGCGUCUUGGCGACAAUGAGCACACAGAACGCUCCCCUUUGGUACCGAGGCGCCAAUCAGCCACGAACGCCUCGAUCAAGAGCACAACGUCUCAGAAAGGCCUCACGAGAAAACGAGGCAUAUCCAUUUGCUUAUCCAUGUUCAGCCUGAUCUUCAUUAUUCCAUGCAAUGUCACGCUCAUGACAACUAUUCAGAGUUCCGUUGCCACCGAACUGGAUGCCUCCGAAGUCGUUUCUUGGUUCACCUCCGCCUACCUUAUCGCUGUGACAAGUGUGAUGCCUCUCGCUGGGCGCUUGAGCCAGAUCUUCACCGCACGAGCAUACGUAUUUGGCUCCAUCGUGGUCCAAUGUGUUGGUCUCCUGGUCACGGGCUUGGCCAAAUCAUUCCUGACCUUCAUCCUGGGACGAGUCAUUACGGGCAUUGGCGCGGCAGCCGUCACACCUGUGGCUUUCCUGCUUGUCACCGAGCUCACCAGCAAGGAGAACCGGGGUGUAUUCUUCGGCUGCAUCAACACAGCCUUCACUUCUGGUGUGGCCUGCGGUGCUAUAAUAGCUGGAGCACUGGAGCCUCUUAUCGGAUGGAGGGCUGUCUUUUGGCUUCAAAUACCCUUUUGCAUGGCCGGCGCAACUCUAGCACUCUUCUCAAUCCCAGCACCACCUCUGGACGACUCGCAAAAUCCGACACCAUCCCUUGUUGAACGCCUCUCCGCGCUCGAUUUCUUCGGCAUCGUUACACUCAUCUCCGCGGUGGUCCUCUUACUCUACUCUCUGUCCGCAUCCACCAUCUCUAUCCGCAUCAUAAUCUUGGCCCUGGCAGACUUCGCGCUUUUCGUUUUCGUUGAGGCUCACUGGGCUGUGGACCCCAUUGUUCCCAUCUCCGUACUUGGCCACCGUGGCAACCUCCUUACGGGUCUCGCGACCGUCGGACUCAUGGCCGCCCGCUGGUCCGUCCUCUUCUACACGCCUAUCUACGCCAUUGCUGUGCGUGGCUGGCCACAGGCUCAGGCGGGUACGCUGCUUAUCCCGACCGACAUCGGCUUCGCUCUUGGUGGCAUCAUCGUGGGAUACUUACACAUUCGCGACAAUCGCUCCUAUUACCUUCCCUCUUUGCUGGCAUUCGUCCUCUUCGCCGUCACCGAGGCGCUCCUCGCGCAGCUAAGCAAGCCCGCUACCAAUCUGGUAGGCUAUAUCGCGGUGAGCCUCAGCAACGGCCUCUGCGCGGGUGCGAUCCUGAACUAUACUCUCGCGCAUGUUCUGUACCUCACACCGCACGAGUCACAUGUGGUCGUCAUACCCUUCAUCGCCAUGCUUCGAUCUCUCGCCGGCUCUUUUGGUAGUGCCAUAUCCGGUGGGAUCUUCCUUCGUAGUCUGAGCUCCACCCUGCGCUCGAGUUUCGCCGACGUCGACCUUCCCGAGUCCAGGAAAGAGGAACUUGUGACGCAGCUGAUCGCCAGCCCGAAUCUGGUUUACAGACUCCCUACCAAGAGCCUUUUUGAUAUCGCGCUGAACGCCUAUGUCAAUGCGUACCGUGUUAUGUUCACAGCUGGCGCUGCGAUAGCGCUUGGUAUGCUGUUCGUGCAGGCAGGCACCGGGUGGACAGCCCCCAAUGUGAAGGAAGAAGAAACAGAAAGCAACGAGCAUUCGAUGCCGGGCGAGGCGGGUGGACAGAGCGACACGGGUGGUGUCUAA